AUGUUCGCCUUGAAGCGACAGACGCAGGCUGUGGCGCUGCGCGCCAACCCAACGACCGCCCUCCUCCCACUACGAGCCGCGAACGCCGCCUUCAUAUCGAAUUCCACCAAGAAGCCCGCUGAGGCUGUACCGAACCGAGCGAUUGGUCCCGGCAAUGUACAGGGCAAUCCAGGACCACCACCGAGCAUGAAGGCAGUUGUGAACAAGGAGAACGUGGAGGUGCCACUCCCAAGUCAAGAGGGCAACAAGAGCGCGGUACAAUACGCACUCACAACCCUCGAUAUCAUCGCCAACUGGGCACGACAGGGUUCUCUCUGGCCCAUGACUUUCGGACUGGCUUGCUGCGCCGUCGAAAUGAUGCACCUUUCCACGCCACGAUACGAUCAGGAUCGCCUCGGUAUCAUUUUCCGUGCCUCGCCCCGUCAAUCCGACGUCAUGAUCGUAGCAGGAACUCUUACGAACAAAAUGGCUCCGGCUCUGCGACAAGUCUACGAUCAGAUGCCCGACCCACGAUGGGUCAUCAGCAUGGGUAGCUGCGCCAACGGUGGUGGCUACUACCACUACAGCUACAGCGUGACGAGAGGAUGCGACCGAAUCGUACCCGUCGAUAUCUACGUGCCUGGAUGCCCUCCCACAUCCGAGGCGCUCAUGUACGGCAUUUUCCAGCUGCAAAAGAAGAUGAGGCAUACCAAGAUUACAAGGAUGUGGUACAGGAAGUAA